AUGGUGAGAGGGAAAGUCCAGAUGAAGCGGAUCGAAAACGCGUCGAGUCGGCAGGUGACCUUCUCAAAGAGGAGAAAUGGGCUGUUGAAGAAGGCCUAUGAGCUCUCAGUGCUUUGUGAUGCUGAAGUUGCUUUGAUCAUUUUCUCUCAAAAGGGGAGACUUUAUGAGUUUGCAAGCUCCAACAUGCAGAAAACAAUUGAGAAAUACAUUGAACUGACAAAAGAUCGAAAUUCUGGCAUGGAAGCUGAAGAACACAUGCAGAAGCUAAAGCAUGAAGCAACAUACUUAGCAAAGCAAAUAGAGCUACUGGAAAAUUCCCACAGGAAGCUUUUAGGGCAUAAUCUAGGGACGUCUUCGAUGGAAGAACUUCAAGAAAUCGAUAGCACAUUGGAGAAAAGCCUUAAAAACAUACGGUUGAGAAAGGCUCAAGCAUUCAAGGAACAAAUCGAAAAAUUACAGGCAAAGGAGAAGUUUUUGCUGGAAGAAAAUGGAAAACUCUCCGAAAAGAUUGAAUUGAAGCGAAGUCGUGAAAUGGGAAAACAUAAAGAAAUUGAGAGUUGCAGCCAUUGUACUGCACAGAGCUCUGGGGUAGUGACUGAAUUGUUUAUCGGCCUGCAGCCAAAUAGAAGGACCGGCUUUUGA